UGCACGUCCCUGACAUCCGUCUACACGCCUCUUUUUUCUCUGCUACAUAAAGAUCACACAGGUUUGCAGAAGACAGAGUUGGACUGUGUGAACGUCCAGUGUGAGAAUGAAGAUCACUGUGUGUUUCCUGCCGUUGCUGCUGCUCUGCUCCGUCUCCACGGGUCAGCAUGAAACCGUUUCACUGAACAGCCACGCUCUGCUGAAAGAGUUGAUUCUCUCCGUGGACCAACUGCAGAAGGACAUGGCAUCCUUACAAAACAAGGUUCAAGCCCAGCAGGUGGCUUUCUCAGCCUCUCUGUUGUCUGAUGGCUUGAAAGCUAUCGGACCCUUCAACACACACACUGCUCUGGUCUUCAAACACGUCCUGACAAACAUUGGAGGUGCCUACGAUCCAAACACAGGUGUGUUCACUGCACCGGUGAGAGGAGCGUACCACUUUGAGUGGCACAUAGGUGUGCAUGCAUCCAAUACAGCCGCUGUGUUGGUCAAGAACACAAACCACAUUUUUACAGCAGUUGAGCAGCAGGCGUCGGGUUACGGGAGUUCUUCUCAAGGUGCUGUACUGCGUCUGGAGGCUGGAGACGUCGUUAGUUUGCAUCUGUGGGCGAACAAUACGAUAUAUGACAAUCAGAAUCACGUUAGUACCUUCAGUGGUCAUCUGCUUUUCACCGUGUGAGAGGGAAACACUCCCUCUUUUUAUUCACAAUAUGAAAAUGAAGAUGUUUUUCAUCUGGAUCUUGAUCUGUAUGAAAAUGAUAGACAAUAAUGAUUACGCUGUAUCUUAAGUCUAAAGUGUCUCUGUCACUUGAAUUAAAGGAUGAACAUAUUAUUGCAAUACAA